CCUUCCUCGACGUAUUCACGACACACAUUACCUAUCACUACCUCGGUGCAUACAGAAUCGACUUUACAGACAAUUUCCUACCGAUACCGAACAGUCUCCUCACCUCGCAGUCGCUACAUCGCCGUCAACCUCCGUUGGCGCACAACAACAUCUCACGCCACCCCACCGAAUACCUUCACCAUGAAGCUCCCGCAAACGAUCCUUUUCCUCCUCACCCUCUUCACAACGAUCCACGCCCUCGCACUCCCAGCACUCCUCACCAGCAACCCCUCAGCCGCCACCGAGCUAUUCAAACGUAAAGGCGGCGGUGGUGGCGGCGGCCGUGGAGGAGGCGGAUCAUCAUCUGGCGGUCGAUCAGGUGGUAGCUCAUCCUCAUCCUCCUCCUCAUCCUCAUCCUCUGGCGGCAAGUCUGGCAGCGGCUCAGGCAGCAGCGGCGCCUCGACUCGCACCGCACCUACCUCCAACAUCGGCGGUAGCACACGCGCCGGCUCUGGCACGCCUCGCGCCUUCGGAGCUGGUAGAGGAUACUACGGCGGCGGUGCUGCGGUGCCCUACCAAGCCGGCUCUCGCUCUCCAACGCGCAGCGUCGCGCCCUUCCUCAUCGGCGGAGUCGCCCUCGGAGCAGUCGCCAUCUUCCCUGCCCUCGCCCUGUACGGAGCGUAUGCGUACAACUUCGGCGGACCAUACAGAUACUACAACCAGACCUCGCGCACGAACGAGUCGCUUCCGAUGGACUGCUACUGUGGACGACUGAGCACAUGUGGAUGCGACGCGAACAACAACACGGAUUGGUUGAAUGGUAU